ACUGCCACCUGCGCAAUUGUCCUCAGUUAACUUUACUCAUAAUAAAGUUGUAACGAUGAAGUGCGCCAUGACUGCUGUUUUCGUUGCUCUCAUCGCUUUUGCAUCAGCCGGAGACCUCGGUGGUUACGGCGGAGGAUUCGGGGGCGGUCAUGGCGGCGGACAUGAUAACGCGGUCAUUUCGCAUGUUAACGUGGCGAAGGUGUCGUACGUGAAGACUCCAAUUGUUUCUACUCACUACGUGAAGGCACCUGUUGUUUCCUAUGUAUCGAAGCCCGUUAAGUCGAUUUCGUACGUCUCGAAGCCCGUCCUCUCAGUGUCCAGCGUUCCUGUCAUCUCCCACGGAUACGGAGGAGGUCUUGGAGGUGGACUCGGAGGAGGUUACGGGGGAGGCCACGGAUGGUGAUAAAUCUGCAAUUAGAUCUGAAAAUAAUAUGUUUUUUGCAGAGUAAUUAGAAAGCUAAUCUCAAUGUUAUACAUUUAUGUAAAUAAACACAUACA